GGAAGAGGAGGAGGAGACCGAGACUGUGCAGCUUUGAACACUUUCCACGCCGGCCUGGGGUGCCCCUGGCCCUCCAAGUGGCCCCGGGAACUGAGCGGAACGAGGGCCGAUGGCGCAAAGGUACGAUGAGCUUCCUCACUACGGCGGGAUGGACGCUGUCGGGGUCCCGGCGUCAAUGUACGGAGACCCCCACGCCCCCCGGCCCAUCCCUCCCGUGCACCACCUGAACCACGGACCGCCUCUGCACGCCGGCCAGCAUUACGGCGCCCACGCCCCCCACCCCAAUACCAUGCCGGUCAGCAUGGGCUCCGCCGUCAACGACGCCCUGAAGCGCGACAAGGACGCGAUCUACGGGCACCCGCUGUUUCCCCUGCUAGCCCUGGUCUUUGAGAAGUGCGAAUUGGCUACAUGCACCCCUCGGGAGCCUGGAGUGGCGGGCGGAGACGUCUGCUCUUCGGACUCCUUCAAUGAGGACAUCGCCGUCUUCGCUAAACAGGUUCGAGCCGAAAAACCUCUCUUCUCCUCGAACCCGGAGCUGGAUAAUUUGAUGAUUCAAGCCAUACAAGUCUUAAGGUUUCACCUUCUGGAGCUGGAGAAGGUUCACGAGCUGUGCGACAACUUCUGUCACCGGUACAUUAGCUGCUUGAAAGGGAAGAUGCCCAUCGACCUGGUUAUCGAUGAGAGAGAUGGAAGUUCCAAGUCUGACCACGAAGAGCUGUCCGGAUCCUCAACGAACCUGGCCGACCACAACCCCGCGUCUUGGCGAGAUCACGACGACGCGACUUCGACGCACUCAGCAGGCACUCCAGGGCCUUCGAGCGGUGGCCAUGCUUCGCAGAGUGGUGACAACAGCAGCGAGCAAGGGGAUGGGCUGGACAACAGCGUGGCCUCCCCUGGCACCGGGGACGACGAUGACCCUGACAAAGACAAGAAACGUCAGAAGAAACGAGGCAUCUUCCCCAAGGUGGCCACCAACAUUAUGCGGGCCUGGCUUUUCCAGCACCUCACGCAUCCCUACCCUUCAGAGGAGCAGAAGAAACAGCUAGCCCAAGACACUGGACUCACCAUCCUUCAAGUAAACAACUGGUUCAUCAAUGCCCGGAGAAGGAUAGUACAGCCCAUGAUCGAUCAGUCCAACCGAGCAGGUUUUCUUCUUGAUCCUUCAGUGAGUCAGGGAGCAGCGUAUAGUCCGGAGGGUCAGCCGAUGGGCAGCUUUGUGCUGGACGGCCAGCAGCACAUGGGGAUCCGGCCUGCAGGGCCAAUGAGCGGGAUGGGCAUGAACAUGGGUAUGGAUGGGCAGUGGCACUACAUGUAACCUCUUCGCGGGAACCCGGCGCUGAGCCAGGGGACGUCUGCACAGCCAAGGGACUCGUGUUUCCCAGGAAAGCCAAACGGGGAUGGGUGGGACCUCGCCCGAGUGACAGCUCUCCCCGGAUGGCCCCACCCCCUCCUUCAUCGAGACCCGGGCCCUCUAC